ACGAAAUUUUAGGGUGUUAACUAGAAUGAGAAUGAAAUACUUGCUACAUUUUCUUUGAACUUAAAUGGAAAUCACACUUUGUUAACCAGUAGCUUAAACAAUCUCUGUUAUUGUUAUGAUUGUUUAAGAGUGGAUCACCAGUUUAAGAAAUAUUAUAAUAAGAAAAUAGAAUAUUUGUUUAUUUUCUCUUUCAAAUAGGAUACAUAGUAGGCCUACACAGAAAAUACUAUCUCCACCAUGUCACAACGCAGUUUGUUAAUCUCCCACUUGGGUAGUUCCUUCCGGAGUGACCUGGAAGUUGAUGAUGCAGACAGAGGAGAUGAGUUGGGACGAGGUCGACCCCUGGAGGAGCUCCUAACUCUACUACCUCCCGGAGACCACUCCCUGGACAACCUGAGUGAUGCCAGUGGAGACCUGAGUGUUGUGUCUCACCCCUUCUCUGAUGACACCCCAAGGUUUACAAACAAUGACAAUGAUGGGCAGUUCUCCACUACUUACCAAGAAGUUAUGAGCUCCAUUAAGAAGGAAAUCAAGGAAGAUUCUGGUUCUGUUUGUUCCACAUGUUCAUCCUGUGACACAUGCAGUACUGAUACCUGGGAGGCAUUGGGUAUUGAUGAGGUCAAGAUAGCCCAAGUCACCCCGCGCCCGCUGCCUCCUGACGUGGAGAGGGAAAUGACUGACAAGUUGAGUGAACUCUGCGUAGAGAAGCUGCAGCGCCAGCGCAGACCUCAGAGUCCUGCUCUUGCAGUAGAGUCAGGCACAGAGUCACGAGAACUCACAGUCCGCAGCCCUGGCGCAGAUAGUGACAGGCUCUCCAGGAGAAGUCACAGAACUCCUGGGGGAAGUAGAAAGACUCCCUCCAAAACCACUAGAGGCCUAGACGCAAUGUCAGGGCUGUGGAACAUGCUUGCUACAUAUGAUGAGUUUGUGGUCACCCCUCCAGGAUUCAAUCUCUACCAGCAGGAUAAGCCUCACUGGCUGGACCAAGAGCCAAUACCAUGGGAAGAGAGGGAAAGAGCUAGGAGGAAAUGUGUCAAGUGGCUCAGGAACUACCAUCAAACAGCCUAGAACCACAACAAAGUUUAGGCAUAUAGAAGAUAGUUAAAAACUUUAAUUCAUACCUUAUUUUAACCUUCUUAACUUAUUUUAGCUCUUGUAUAGUUAAUUAUUGUUAACAGUAUUUGAAAUUUAUCACAGGAAUCUUUAUCAUGGUUUUCUGAAUCGUUUUUAUUAAA